AUGCUUGCUUCUCUUCCAGUUAAUUGGGCUUCUGUGGUUUUGAUUCCUAGAGGCAUCACUAAUGAUAUAGAGAAAAUCAUGAGGAACUUUCUUUGGAACAGUGGGGAGAACAGGAAGGGAGUUGCUAAAGUUGCCUGGAAUGAGAUCUGUAAGCCUAAGAUUUAUGGUGGUCUUGGAUUGAAGAAUUUAAAAGAUUGGAAUAUUGCUCUGUUGUCCGAUAGAAUUUGGAAGAUUUUAAGUGGUCAUAAUUCUUUGUGGGUGAGAUGGGUGAAUUCUUACCUUUUGGAGGAUAGAAGUUUUUGGGAUGUGGGUUAUAAAGAUAAAAUGAGUUGGAGUUGGAGAAAUCUCUUAAAAAUCAGGCCUCAUCUUCGUGAUUCUUUCUAUGUUCAGAUUGGAAGUGGUGAAGGAACGUUCAUGUGGUUUGAUAAUUGGCAUCAGUUGGGGCCUUUGAGUUAUGUUCUGUCUCCUAGAGAGAUAGCCAAUGCUGGGUACAAUAUCAGAGAUAGAGUUAGUGAUGUUAUUGUUAAUGAAGAAUGGAGUUGGCCAGAUGAAUGGUUAAGAUUGAUCCCGCAGCUAGGAGAGCACCCUGUUCCUAGUCUUAUCAGAGGAAAAAAGGAUGUGGUGUUUUGGUUGAAUUGGAAGGGUGACAUUGUUCCUUUUGCAGUUAAUCAGGUCUCUUCUUCUCUUAUCUGUCAUGAAUCUAAAGUUGGUUGGCAUGAGUUGGUUUGGUUUCAAAAUAGAAUUUCAAGUCACUGUUUUAUUCUUUGGCUUGCUAUUCUUGGAAGGCUUAGAACUCAAGAUAGAAUGAAAAAUUGGAAAGACUCAAAUGAAUUCUGUUGUGCUUUUUGUUACAAUCAAAUGGAUUCCCAUUCUCAUCUGUUUUUUGAUUGCAAUUUUCCAAAGGAAGUGUGGGAUUUGAUGAAAGAUAAGGUGAAUCUUAAGCACAAACCAGGUAUGUUUAUACAAGGAAUUGACGGAUUUGGGAUUUUUAUCACUUUUUCCCUUAAAAGUGAACUUCCGCCUUGGAAACAAGGUGUGUAUAUUCAUGGAAUUGACGGAUUUGUGAUUUUUAUCACUUUUUCCUUUAAAAGUGAACUUCCGCCUUGGAAACAAGGUGUGUAUAUUCAUGGAAUUGAUGGAUUUGGGAUUUUUAUCAUUUUUUCCCUUAAAAGUGAAUCUCCGCCUUGGAAACAAGGUGUGUACAUUCAAGGAAUUGACGGAUUCGGGAUUUUUAUCACUUUUUCCCUUAAAAGUGAAUCUCCGCCUUGGAAACAAGGUGUGUACAUUCAAGGAAUUGACGGAUUCGGGAUUUUUAUCACUUUUUCCCUUAAAAGUGAAUCUCCGCCUUGGAAACAAGGUGUGUACAUUCAAAGAAUUGACGGAUAUUUUUUCUGUAAAACUUCAAGUUUUGAGCUCAUUAUGGAGUUUUUUUGGAUGUUGGAUGAAGAUGCUGAGUUUGGGAUUACUAAAUUGAAGAGUAAGGGUAUUCAAAUUGGGGUGAUUGAAGAUUGGUUUCAUUUGAAGAUCUUGAAGAAUAAUAAUUUUUUUGGGAAAAGGAUUGAUUAUAGAGAUGAGUUUUUUAUUAACGAUUUUUGGAGAGAUGGAUUCUUUAUUUGGGUGGCUAAAGUUGAGAGAUUACUUGUUCAAAGUUGGUUGCUUGAAGUUUGGAUUGGUUCAAAGUUUUUGAAGGAUAAUGGUUUUUUUGGGAAGAAGAUUGGAUACUUUGAAGAUUUUUUUGACAUUGAGAUUUGGUUUGAUUUUUUUAAUGGUUGGGGUUUUGUGAUUUUGGGAAUGUGGAAUUAUGUUUUCAUUGGAAUUCACAAGACUUUUCUUUUUUUGGGAUAUAUGAUGUAUAAAAGCUUAAGGUGUACAAAGUUGGAUGCUAAUUUGGAUACUAAUUUGGGUUUAAAGCUUCGUCAAGAGUGUUUGAAGAAGUUGAGAGGUUUUGGGACUUAUAGACAUUUUUUGAUUGAUUGGGUUGAAGAAGGAGAAUACCACUUUUGGAAGAUGCAUGAAGACUAG